AUGAAGAUCCUUUGUUUACUCCUUGCCCUCUCUUCUUCUGUCGCCCAGGGAGCUAUUGCGACUUACCAACAUCAACACGUCAGAAUUGCACUCCGGGCAUGCACUCGCUUCUCCCCGUGUCAGCUCCGGUUGCGGACGCUGCGUCUCAAUGGCGGAGCAGAAGUUAGUAUCGACCAGCUGAAAGAGUUCCUUGCAGACAAUCCUGUAGAUCGUGAGGAGGAGGAGGCCAACCUGAUGGCCUGGUUAGAGCAGGGAGACGAGAAGGGGGACUGCCCUCCUGUAGACGAGGAUUUCAAGCAGGCCGUUGAUAGAGCCUUGAAGAUCUUCGAGCAGGAGAUGAUUGCACAAGGAAAUCCAAACUGGAAAGCAGAUUUGAGGAGAAGUCUGGGGAGCAUCAUUCCGGAGGCACUCAACACAACCAUGAAUCAAACAAGGCAGUCAAUGAAGGAGGAGAAGCCCUCCAGCUCAUUGAACCUUGGUUCUGUCUUUGUCAAUGCGGCAAAACAUGGAAAUGUGACACAGAUAUACGACUGCCUGAAGCUUGGCCUAAAAGUCAACGUCAGGGCGUGCGAGUACACCGGUUGGAGCCUCCUGCACUGGACCAUCAUGAGUGGCAAGGUGGAUGCUGUCAAGCUCUUGAUAAGUGCAGGGGCCAAGGUUGACGCAAAGAGCUUCAGUGGGCAGACGCCCUGUGGCGCCGACAUUACGCUAAAGAAUCAAGAAAAGGACACAGCUCGUGACGUGGCUAAGAAGAACACAAUGAAGGAGAUCGUUGGAUUGCUGGAAGAGUGGAGUGGCCGCGAUAAAAGCAUGUCAAAGUUGAGAGAUGUGGAGAUUAUUUCAAACCCCGAGCACUAG